AUGGUGGAUGAUUAUCCGUCAACCAGCACUACAACAGCCUUAGUGUUCACAAAUCAGCUACUCAGGGAUAUAAAUGAUAUACUCAUUCAGCAUGGAAAACAGAUUACACAAUACGCUUUGCCAGCUCUAACUCAUGAAAAUGACAAUGAAAACUCGAUACCCAGGGUUAUCCAAGAAGAACUGUCGGUCGAAGUACCCCGGGAAGACCUGUGUUCCAUAGAAAGAUUGAACAAUGACCAAUCUAAAGCUUUCAAGUGCAUUAUGGAUAUAAUUGAUCGAAGAGAAAGUGGAGUGUUCUUUGUUGAUGGGCCAGGAGGAGCAGGCAAAAUAUUUCUUUACAGAGCUAUAAUUACAGAAUUGAGAAAUAAGGGUCAUAUUGUCUUGGUAACUGCAUCAUCAGGAAUAGCUGCAACAUUAUUGCCUGGGAGUCAAACAGCUCAUUCUAGGUUUAAGAUCCCAAUUAAUACAAAACCAUCAUCCAUUUGCAACAUAGGCAAACAAUCAGAUCUUGCAAAGCUGAUUAGACAAACAACGGCAAUCAUCUGGGAUGAAGCACCAAUGGCAAAUAAAAAAUCAGUGCAAUCAUUAGACCGCACUCUGAGAGACAUAUUAGCAAACGAUAUGCCAUUUAGAGAAAAAGUGAUGGUGAUGGGAGGAGAUUUCCGCCCAGUACUGCUUGUCGUACCGAAAGGCUAUACAAAUGAUUUCAGCUUCUAUAGUUAA